AUGGACGACCUUCACAAACCUUCAUCGGACUCGUCGUCUUCGGACCACGAAGAACAAGAACAACCCCAGGAUAACGAAGACCAACAAACCACCUCCCCCGAACAACCCUCCUCCUCCCAACAACCCUCCCCACCCUCCCAAGACCAGACACUCAUCCCCCCCAAACCCAAACGCGCCCCACCCCAACCCAAAGCCCAAAUCAUCUCCCACCUCGAGUCCCUCCUCCAAGACAUCGCCACCGCCCUCGAAACCUCCAACCACAACCCUCUCCUCCCCCCCUGGUCCACACACUUCCACCCCACCUUCACCGCGGAAGUCGGCGCGCUCGCCAACAGCGCCUCCAAAACCAAAAUCCCGCUCCACGACUUCCUGCUCUUCACGGCGGAGCGCCGCCGCCAGAACCCGGAGUAUCGCAUGAGAGUGACGGGCGUGCAUACGAAUGUUAAUACAAGGCGGGGGAAGGCGGAGAGUUUUGUCAAUUUGGAGUUGAGUGGCGUGCCGGUGGGGAUUGUGAGGCCUAGUGUGGCGAGUGUGGGGUUUGAGUGUGUUGAGGGGAGGUGGUGGUUUGUGAGGUGGGGGAGUUUGAGGGGGGGGGGCGGGUUUGAGUGA